CAGCUACACUUCCCAGCUCUGUUCCAGCGUGAGGAGCCACAUCUGAGGACAUCAGCACAGCAAACAUGGAGCCGGUGAUCACCAGAACUCUGAUUCUGUUGGUGCUGGUCACCAUCUCCACAGCAGCACCGCUACAAGAUGCAGCAGUAGAAGAUGGAGGCACUAGCCCUGCCGCUCCAGACAGAUGUGGCGGUGUUGAAUUCGACGCCAUUGCUCCUAAUGAAAAAGGAAACACUCUCUUCUUCAAAGGUGAUCACGUGUGGAAUGGCUUCACUGGUCCAGCUCAGCUCUCCAGUUUGCACUUUAAGGAACUGAGUGGUCCUAUUAAUGCCGCUUUCCGCAUGCACAACACCGAAAACCCCAACGACCACGAUCACAUCUACCUUUUCCAGGAUGAUAAAGUGUACAGUUACUUUAACCAAACUCUGGAGGAAGGGUAUCCAAAACAAAUCCAAGAGGAUUUUCCUGGAGUUCCCACUCACCUGGACGCUGCAGUGGAGUGUCCCAAAGGAGAGUGCAUGGCUGAUUCGGUUCUGUUCUUUAAAGGCCAGGAUGUGCAUGUUUAUGAUAUUGCCACAAAAGCAGUGAAGACCAAGACAUGGUCCCACCUGCCGUCCUGCACAUCUGCUUUCCGCUGGCUCGAGCACUACUACUGUUUCCACGGACAGAACUUCACCCGCUUCCACCCCGUCUCAGGAGAGGUGACCGGCGCCUACCCCAAAGACGCCCGGCAUUACUUUAUGAACUGCCCCAACUUCGGUCACGGAGGAGAUCGGAAACCUCUUAAAUGCAGCAACAUCAAACUGAAUGCAGCCACCACAGACGAUGGAGGCAGGACGUAUUUCUUUGCAGGUCCGAUCUACAUUCGGGUUGACACACACCGUGACGGAUUUCAUGCCUUCCCAAUAACCAGAGCGUGGAAGGAGGCGAACGAUGGAGUUGAUGCCGUUUUCUCUUACGACAGCAAAAUGUACUUGAUUAAGGGCGAUCAGGUUUACAUCUACAAAGCAGACGCUCACUUCACCUUGAUUGAAGGCUACCCUAAAACUGUCAAGGAGGAGUUGGGCAUUGAGGGAACUGUGGAUGCCGCGUUUGUAUGCCCAACUGAAAACAUAGCUCACAUAAUUCAAGGGAACAGUAUGCGUGACGUUGACCUCACCGCCACACCCAGGGUUAUUAGCCGAGAUUUCCCAUUGCCGUUGUCUGAUAUAGACGCCGGUCUGUGCGGUGAUGAUGGGAUAAGGUUAUUUAAAGGCUCGCAGUUUUACUACUAUGAAAGCCCCAGGAUACUGGCGAUGGGCAGGAUCGCACCAGUGGCCUCAGACAUCACCUCAGCGCUGAUGGGAUGUGAGGAUUAGGGAGGAGUGAGGAGAAAUCUCUGAGAAACGGCAAGGAAAUUAUUUCUAACUCAAACAUUGAAUUAAGACAGGCAGUUUACUGCAACUUUGGACAAGCCUUGUGUCAUGCAGUCAAGUUUGUAUUUUGUUUGGAGAAUAAAAAGCAAAAAGAAAACCA